CGUCAGUACGUAAAACUUGAACUCAACAUGGAUGACUCGGUAGUUGUUGAAAAGUGCCCGGAAGAAAUGCCCUCAAUGCUAACCUCCAGACCUCAGACGGGUCUGUCCUUCCUGGCACCAGAACCAGAAGACCUGGAGGACCUUUACACCAGAUAUAAGAAGCUGCAGCAGGAGCUAGAGUUCCUGGAGGUGCAGGAGGAGUACAUCAAAGAUGAACAGAAGAACCUAAAGAAGGAGUUCCUGCAUGCUCAGGAGGAGGUGAAGAGGAUACAGAGCAUCCCCCUGGUCAUCGGCCAGUUCCUGGAGGCUGUGGACCAGAACACUGCCAUCGUUGGCUCCACCACAGGCUCCAACUAUUACGUGCGCAUCCUGAGCACCAUCGACCGCGAGCUGCUGAAGCCCAACGCCUCAGUGGCGCUCCACAAACACAGCAACGCCCUGGUGGACGUCCUUCCUCCUGAGGCCGACAGCAGCAUCAUGAUGCUGACGUCAGACCAGAAGCCCGAUGUGAUGUACGCAGACAUUGGUGGGAUGGACAUCCAGAAGCAGGAGGUCCGGGAGGCCGUGGAGCUGCCUCUCACUCACUUCGAGCUCUACAAACAGAUUGGUAUCGACCCACCCAGAGGGGUCCUCAUGUACGGACCUCCAGGCUGCGGGAAGACCAUGUUGGCCAAGGCUGUGGCCCACCACACUACAGCGGCGUUCAUCCGUGUUGUGGGUUCGGAGUUUGUCCAGAAGUAUCUGGGUGAAGGUCCUCGCAUGGUGCGGGACGUCUUCAGGCUGGCCAAGGAGAACGCUCCCGCCAUCAUCUUCAUCGAUGAGAUCGACGCCAUCGCCACGAAGCGAUUUGACGCUCAGACCGGAGCUGACAGAGAAGUGCAGAGGAUUUUACUGGAGCUGCUGAAUCAGAUGGACGGCUUUGAUCAGAACGUCAAUGUCAAGGUGAUCAUGGCCACCAACAGAGCAGACACCCUGGACCCCGCCCUGCUCCGUCCGGGACGUUUGGACAGAAAGAUCGAGUUCCCGCUGCCCGACCGCAGACAGAAGCGUCUCAUUUUCUCCACCAUCACCAGUAAAAUGAAUUUGUCUGAGGAGGUCGACCUGGAGGACUAUGUCGCCCGGCCCGAUAAGAUCUCUGGAGCCGACAUCAACUCCAUCUGCCAGGAGGCCGGCAUGUUGGCCGUGCGUGAGAACAGGUACAUCGUUCUCGCCAAGGACUUCGAGAAGGCCUACAAGACCGUCAUCAAGAAGGACGAGCAGGAGCACGAGUUCUACAAGUAGACGGAACCGAGCCGACGCACGUCUGGUGUUGAUUUCCGUCUGGGUCUGCAACCUGCAUCGAUUAGUUUCUUCGUUUGGACUAAAUUUCCCACUGCAGCGCCGAGUCUAACGGGUCGGGUCAGUCUCGGCCUCGAGCCGGCGCACCACCACGAAGAAAGUGUUUUUUUGUUUUUUUACAGGCGCUCUUCUGGUUUCCAUAAAUAUCUGGUCUCGACUGUAGCCAGAAGAACAUAACAAAAAUAAAAACAAAAAUACACCCAAUAAACAAGU